AUGAUUGUUAAUAUUCCUGAACGCAACACCAGAUUAGAAUUGAAAGUUAAGAAGAACACUACUAUAUACUCAAUAAAACUUGCAAUCCAGAAGAAACUCUCGAUUUCCAAAGAGAACUUAAUUAUUUAUUUAUCUGGUAAACAAUUAUCGGAUAACGAUACACCGUUUCAGGACAAGGACGAAAACGAUGUUACUUUAACUGUUUCGAUCUCAGAUUCACCAGAAAAGAAAGAACCAGCAAGUUUCAAGUCUGAAAUCAAAGAAUCAGACAUAAAAUACUUCGAUAACCUCGGAUUCUCACCAUGUGUCAUUACGAAUGCCAUAAUCACAUCACACGGAGAUAUUUCUAAAGCAUCAGAUUUAUUAUUUAAUAGUCGUACUGUCAAAGUCGUUUCUGUCAUGCCAAUUGACACAAAUACGAACAGUACGGAUUCACCGAAUCGUUCAGACUCAGAGAAUUCAUCAUCUGACAAUGUGGAGAAUACGAUCAAUCUUUGUUCACUUAUCAACCAAUAUUACGCAUGCCAUGGUGAUUGGCAAUCUAUCCAGCAUCAAUUUCCUACGAUUCCAGUGAGUACUCUUCACUUCAUUUUGUAUUGGCUCUCUUUCAAUCUCCAGAAGUGUCCACAAGUCUUUGACUUGUCCAUUAAGACAUCCAAAGUCAAGAAACUUUUCAUUUACUUCCAUCAAGGUGUAAAAGUUGAGAAUCUUUGCAAACUGAUCCAUAUCCGCGACGUUUCUCUUUUACGAACUUAUUACGACAUCAUUACACGUUGUAUAUGCGAAUGUGAUUCAUUGGAAACAUUUUCCAAAGAAAACCCAGAUUCCAAAAUUUUCAUUACGAAAUUCGAAAAAAUGAUGGACCAAAUCGAACAUUUAGUUACAAAGAAGAAAGAAGAGAACCACAUUCUCUCAUUUUAUCAUAAAGAAUUCGAAGUUGUUUCAUCACCAGAAGCACGAGAUAUUGAAACAGACAUCAAUGGCUUUUUCAUUCUUCCUAAUCACGUCAUCAACAUUCCAAAGCUUGUUUCAUCAUUUGUACAGUCAGGAUACUCAGAAAAGUCACUUUUGCUUCAAUAUCCUGAUUUUUCACUUGGAUAUUUAGUUUAUUUGCUUUACUUAGUUCAUUUGGGAUUUGACACAAGAAGGAGAACAAUGAACAGCUGGCGUCCUAAAGAACUUCGAUUCCUUUUGGAGCAAGGAUACGAAGGAGCAUCAGUUCCACAGAUGAAAGAGUUUUUGGACGAGAAAGAUUCAAAUCAGAUAUCACAGAAACUAAAACUAGUCAAGAAUUGCAUCAAGAAUUCAACAAACUUUUCGAAAUUCUGUUCUCAAUUCAAAGAUUUCGUUGUUCCAUCAGAUUCUUCAUACGACGACGACGGUGUUCCGGAUUAUUUAUAUAAGUUGUUUGACGAAUUUUCUCAUCAAGACAAAGAUAUCUCUGUUGAAAAUUCUCUUGGUGCAUUGACUAUUUUACUUCCUGACAAAAUCCCUCCAUGCAACGAAAUCAUUUUUGAUCACAAAGUUCAUAUUUAA